AUGCAGACUGCGCUACAACAGCCCGUGGGGAUGACGCUGUUAGCGGAUGCCGCCACGUCCCUCACGGCUCUCAAAGGUUCAACAUCGAUUGCGGUCUCAGCUUCCCCCACUCCGAUAUCACCUCUAGAGUCCGCACGAACCGUGAUCACGCUUUUUACCCCCGGUCAGGAGGGUAUAGUGCAGGUCAUUGCAGAGAUCCUUGGGAAACCAUGGACGACAGAAACCUCCUUGUCAGUUUUGGGGAGGAGCAGCAGCGCAGUGGUUGUCGGCGUUCUAGCCACUAAAGAUUUGACCCGGGACCUGCAAGAAGGCGACCAUGCGGCGUGGAUCCUCGUUAACACGCAUUGUGUUGACGACGGCUCUUUCCCAGAAGAGGCACUGAGUGACUGUUGUCAUUACGAAUUCUUAUACUCACUCCGAAGUCCAUUCUUUCGACGGGACCUGACCAGGUUUCUCUCUCUGAUUCUGGGCCAGAGUCGUCCCCACGAGGAUCUCAAGACUAAAAGCCGGACCAAUUUCAUCUCCACCACUUUUCCUGAUGUUCAUGCUGCGUUGCCGAACUUGGACAUUCUCUCUGUUGGCUCGGACGCGGUAGAGAUUCGGGUUGACUUGCUCGUGGAUCCCACAACUCCGCCGUCAGGCACCACGGGUGCAGUGCCGAGUCUACGUUAUGUUGGACAGCAAUUGAUGUUACUUCGACAACAUACAGAACUGCCAAUCAUAUUUACCACACGCUGCACCGCAGAAAAUGGCAAAUUUCCCAUGGAUGAUCCGCAUUUAUUCUACCGCUAUCUUCGCCGCGCUAUCCAAUGGGGCGUAGAAUACAUUGACGUGGAGUUGUGGCUUCCUGAGUCCAUACGUCAAAGGUUGGCAGCAGAGAAGGGGAACAGCAUCAUCAUGUCAGCUUUCCAUGAUUUUUCAGGGACCUGGAAGUGGACGUCACCCGAAGCCCCACGAAUCUUUGCGGAGAGCGCCAAGUACGCCGAUAUAGUCAAGAUGAUCGCGAUGGUCACGACUAUCGAAGCCAAUUACGAGCUUGAAUAUUUUAGGUCGGAGAUCCGCAAGACUCACGGGGCGUAUCCCUUGCUGUCGGCGGUCAACAUGGGUCAAUUAGGCCAACUGUCACGAGCUCUAAACACAGUUUUCUCGCCCAUCACUCACCCGUUGCUGCCGAUGAUCGCGGCUCCGGGCCAGUUGACAGCGGCAGAGAUCAAUGAGGCACUCCACAUCAUGGGCCAGCUGCCGAAACGCGACCUGUAUGCGAUUGGGUCGUUUCGAUCAACGCCACAGUCUAUCCUUCCACACACAUUGACCUCGAUCGAUCGCGGACCCAUAGGGUCAGUCGAGCGGGUGCUCACACAGGCCACAUUCGGAGGAGCCUCGGUGCAUCCACCCAUUCCAAGCAAUACCGCGUCGAUCGGUCUGGUCGAUACGAUUGUGGCCGGUCCUCAAGGGCCGCUGAAGUCGUUGGUGGGGGAGAAUGCAACGUGGAAGGGCAUCCGAGCGACUUUGACCCGAGAUUAUGUACCGUCGGCGUACCAAGGCCGGACCGCAAUUCUCUUGGCAGCAAGCGAGAGUGAAGCAUCGGCAACAAUUUAUGCCUUGCGCAGCUUGGGAGUCGGUGCGAUCCACACGGUGGGAUUCCGGGCUCGAGGUCCCUUAGCAGCGGGGCUCGAGCCUUUCACAUCAAUUCAAUCCGUCAAGCGGGUUGAGCAACCGUUCGUUAUGGUGUCCGCGCUACCUCCAGAAAAGUCGUUGCUGGUACAGCCGCUGUUGCGACAUUACCGGACGAGUGGGCGCUCAUCGCCGCCCUCGACCCGGGGCAAAGUCUACCUUGACCUGACCCGAGGUGAACACACAGGUGACCCUGUCGGUGUAGCUGUGCGUUCUGGAUGGACGGCUUACGGGAUUGAAGAUGUGGAUGCGUGGACGACAGUGGAGACACUGCGCUUGCUGGUGGGCCAGAACGUGCCAUUUGACUUUGUCCGGAUGGCCUCAGGAAGGAAUGCCAUGUCCCGCCCCCAGGUCAGCAUCGACCGUCUCACUCCUCGACGGGUUAAUGUCGAGCCUCGCGAAUCGAUGAACUGUAAAUCCUGUCGGAAACGCAAGUUCCCUUCGUCAUUUUGUCGCCUCAGAUCAAAUGCAACCGUCUGCGCCCAAGCUGUGAGGCCUGCAAGGUCUUCCAAUGUCCCUGCAUUUAUGGUUCACGCUGUCCCCAAAAAGCGCGGACCCAAGACCGAUGUAUUGGAAGCCUUGCUCAAGCGCGUCGAUGGACUCGAAAAGCGUCUACAGGAGGAUUCUCCAAUCUCUCCCGUCUCGUCGAUCUCGCCCAUCAAAUCGUCAGAGCAACCACAGCAGCAGCAGCAGCAGCAGCAGCAGCAACAACAGCCCCCACCGUUACUACCUCCAGCCUCGGUGGCCUUUCAGCAUCCCGCAGCGUCGCAAACUUAUGGAUCCCCGCCCCGCUUACCGGACGCCAUGCUCGACACUUACUUUGCUCGCCUGCAUGGGAAGCCUUACUGGAUUUUGGAUGAACACCAAACCCGCCAGCGCCAUCAUUUAGGUCAAUUGCCAGUGCAUUUGUCUAUGGCUCUUUAUGCCUUGACGUCACGGUACCUGCGAAUCCCUUAUAUCAAUCCCCUUCCGGCCCCUGGCAGCCAGGAGUAUGCGCGACAAGCCCGUCGGCUGGUGGACAUCGAUAACCCCACGAUUGACGGUACACAGGCUCUCUUGUUGCUCUCUCAAGCUUUUUUCGCCCAUGGCUGUGGGAAAACGGCCUACAUGGUUCUCUCCAAUGCGGUGGCUAUGGCUUUGGCCUUGGAUUUGUACCGCGAGGUCUCCACUCCAACCCUGCCCGCCCCGGAGAGAGAGAUGCGCCGCCGCUUGUUUUGGACCGUGUACAUCAUGGACCGCUUUCUUACUUGUGGCUCUAAGCGGCCUUGUUUGAUUGCCGAUCACUCUAUUGCGCUGCGGCUACCGGGCAUGGGCUCUGAGACUGGGGAAAGCUUCAAUCCGGUUGGACCCAACAUCCACUACAUUCCCGACCGGCGCAAAGGCCCCGGGGGUGCAACUCUGCUGGUCGACAUUACGCGCAUACUGGGUGUAACACAUCGGUAUCUGGCGGCGGGCGGUGUCAAAGGCGACUCCCAUUUCCCCUGGCAUGCAUUGUCCAAUUUGUCCAAGAUUCGCCAGGAGCUGGACCUUUGGGCCACUGGCACGCAGGAUCUCUUUGCCUCGAUUGAAACACUAUUUGGCCACCCGGAGAGUACGCUAUUGCUUCUAAGCAAACUGAUCUACCAUCUGGUACACUGCCUACUCUACCGCCCAUUCCUUCCCAUUGACUUGGUAGAGCUGCGCGGCACCGGCCAGCAUCAAUCGUGGCAGAUUGAGGCAACCACGCUCUGUUUCUCACACGCCAAUGCAAUUGCGGAGCUCGUCGAAUUGGCUCGACAUGCCCCGCGCAUUGAAUGGCCGUCCCUAGUGGCAUACUGCAUCUGUACCGCUGGCACAGUACAUGUGCAUGGUGUGCAUUACCACGGACGUGAAGGCGAGGUGUUCGCAUCCAGCGCCGACUUUCUGGCCCGCGAAAUGCACCAGCUGGCCUGGCUGCGGCAUUACUGGACAGGGGUGCAACAUCAACGGGAAAUGCUGCAGCGCAUCGCCUCCUGCCAUGCCGACUUGGUGCGAACAAUGGCAGCCCGCCCGGUUCGAUUUGCUCCUGUCUUUCACUUGGAAGACUUUUUCGACCGGUACCCAGGCUCAGCUGUUGAGGGUGGACAUGUGCGGUUGGUGGAUGGAGAUGAGCCUCUCCCGCUCUUUGACCGACAGGAUUUCUCAGGCGGGCUCAUCUAUCCAGCUACAGCAACACUCCCUUCCCAAGGACGAUCAUCUAUAAGCUUCCCGUCCUCGCAGGCCUCCCCACCAUGGGGUCCUGGGCCGGAAUUGACGCUUCCGGAAACCAGUUUGGGAUAUCCUCUAGGCGUAAGAAGCUCCCCAGCAGCAUUCUUAUCAGAGUCUACCUACACCGCUCCAACACCACCGACUCAGCCACAGUACGCAACGUUUCCGUUCGAGGCCACGCCUGGCGUCUCGGCCUUGACACCAGAUGCGCCGUCACAAGGCAGUUCCGGCACUAUCACUGGAGGCGGAGCCGGAACAAGUGACGGUGAAAAAGAUCCGUUUCUCAGUCUCUUGGAGCAACUGGCCGAGAACGAGCAUUCUCAAGGCGGGCCCAGUGAACUGGAUUUCUUCCUGGGUGAGGGAUUGGAGUCGAUGCCAGCGCCGGACGAUCAUUUGGCCGGCUCGAGCAGCCUGCCCGAACCAGAGUGA